AUGGCGCAUCUUCCGGAACUCAAGCAGCUCCAAGUUCGCGGUGACGUCAUCAUCGUGAGCGGCAUCCAGUACGACCAGGAUCAGGGCUGCAGCAGCACGCGCAACACCACGAUUGUGAAGAGCGACGCGUCCGCGGCCGCCGUCGCGGGCAUUGGACUUACCUACAGAGUCUCCACCGUCGACAAGAUCCUGCCCUGGUCACGCGUCAUCCAAUCACUGUCCGGAAGCAAGUGGACAACUGCUACGAUCUUAGCCAGCUUCACCAAUUUCACGAAGAUUGACUCCAUCGUCUACGGCUGCUACGACUGCAGUGACUCUGCCAGCCGCAACCCGGUUACGCACGAGAUGUUCUGCGACCAAGGCUGCCAGCCAGGUCCCCUGCAAGAUGCGUGCGUGGAAGUAACCGUUUCGGUGGACAUCAGGAUUGACAGCGGACCGGACACGCUCUCCGUCAAAAUAUGGCCCAACGAGUUAGCGCUCGUCACGGGCGCACACCUCAAGAGCUUCUCCACGAAACCGCCCAACGAGCGGAUCGAUCAGCUGAACACGCGCUUCAAGAACCGCAGCUUCGCGAUGCACGUUCGGAUCCGCGAGAACCCAAACUCACAAUACAGUCAGUACCAAGCGAAAAUCAUUGGCUUGGAUUUGCUGCCAGAGUUCGGGUUCUUCAAUAAAAAGUACAAAGCAGAAUAG